UUUUCCAUGUUCCGGUUUUAGAAAUACCUGACUUUCAAUCUGCUCAAUCGGACCCAAAAGAACACUCUGCUAUGAACAUCUGUUAAUCUGAAUUUUUAACUGUACGUGACUUGUCAAGUCUCGAAUGUUGUUAGCAAGUUCUGAAACGCAUGAAGUUGUUGCUGCCAAUUAACGUGGACGCCAUUGUUGUGGUCCUCAGAUGUCACAAACGCGUCAUCAGAAAAGGGGCGGCUGCCGACGUCAUCCAUCUUGUGUUCGUCUCAUGUAACCAAACAAGGAGCGCUGUGUAGCAUCACCGCGGCCAUCUUGGGUCGGCCAUGCAGCUGGAAUCCCAGCUGCGGCUCUUGCAGAGUUGUCUUUGGUGUUCCAAGAGCGGAUUGCGACUCUUCUCCUGGAGCGCUGUGCAAAGAAAAGGUGCCAACUACUAUGACCUGCUGGGAGUCAAAGAUGAUGCCACCUUGGAAGAAAUCAAAAAUGCUUUUUUUGACAAGUCUAAAAAGCUGCACCCAGACAGCGACCCGUCGAACCCGAUGCUGCACAGCCAGUUUGUGGCGCUGAACGAGGCCUACCGCGUCCUGAGCAAGCAGCCCAGCAGGAAGGAGUAUGACUUCAAAAUCAGCCCAAGAGGGGGAGGCCGGGCCUUCGGGUCGGCAUCCGGGCACACCGCCCAUGGAACCAGUGGCGCCACGACGCAGGACAACAUUCGUUACUGGGAACAAAUCUAUCAGUCGCACGCCCAGGAGAUGUCGGCGGAGGAGAGGGAGCGGCGGCGGAGGAGAAACUUCCGGCUCGUGGGCUACUGCUUCCUCGCCAUGGCGCUCAGCGUCGGGGCGCACUUUGUCUUCUUCAGGAAGCUGGAAGAGGUCCACAACAACUUCAUGGACGAGAAGGAUCGAGUCAUCACGGAAAUCUACAACGAAUCCAAAGAGAGGGCCAGGCUCAACGGUUUUAAGAAGCAGACGGAAAUCCUGCGGCAGAAACGCGCCGAGUUUUUGGAGAAAUACAAAAUACGCAACGGCGGAGAGAAGUAGGAGACUUUACUCAGCCGCCAGCUAGUUUCGAGACUCCUAUUUAAGAUUGGCGUCCGUUUCAAGGCGUUGUUCCUCGUGAUGAUGACCCGGAUAUGACUCGAGUGGCCUUCGUGAGUGUGGACGCUAACUGAUAUCGAUCACCGAUGACGUCACUAAAAAAGGAUGCCCCUCAGGAAACGCUCAGAUGGAGCCCAUCGAGAACGGAACUAAAAUCACGAGACCGAGUGGCACAACAGUCCGACUAUUAUAAGAAUAUAAAAGUGCAUUAUUAAAGCGGUUCUGUUCUAAUC